AUGGUUUUGAUAUUGAUUUUCCCUGUCAUCUUCUUUAGCAAAUACUCCAUCAAUUAUAAAGGCGACGGCGUUCUUCCUAUUCCCAAAAUCUAUCCAUGUCUAUCAGUCCUCCUUCAGCUUUGCAUUGCCGAUCCAUACGCAUUUGUCUUUUCAUUGCCGACAUGUCCUCCUUUUGCUUUUUCCUGUCAACCUGUCUUCCUUUUGCUUUUUCCUGUCAACCUGUCUUCCUUUUGCUUUUUCCUGUCUUCCUUUUGCUUUUUCCUGUCUUCCUUUUGCUUUUUCCUGUCUUCCUUUUGCUUUUUCCUGUCUUCCUUUUGCUUUUUCCUGUCUUCCUUUUGCUUUUUCCUGUCAACCUGUCCUCCUUUUUGCUUUUUCACUGCCGACCCGCCCUCUUUGCUUUUUUGCUUCAGAUACGUGCCCUUUUACCUUUUUGCUGCUGAUUCGUCCUCUUUUUUGAUGUCAUUCUUUCUAUUAUUAAUAUCAAUGAUCUCUCUCCCUCCCUUUUGCUGGCUAAGUCUCUCUCCCUCCCUUUUGCUGGCUAAGUCUCUCUCCCUGUUUCCCUUUUGCUGGCUAAGUCUCUCUCCCUUCUCUCUCCCUGUUUCCCUUUUGCUGGCUAAGUCUCUCUCCUGUUUCCCUUUGCUGGCUAAGUCUCUCUCCCUGUUCCCUUUUUGCUGGCUAAGUCUCUCUCCUGUUUCCCUUUUUUGCUGGCUAAGUCUCUCUCCCUUCUCUCUCUCUCUAAGUCCCUGUUUCCUUUUGCUGGCUAAGUCUCUCUCCCUGUUUCCCUUUUGCUGGCUAAGUCUCUCUCCCUUCUCUCUCCCUGUUUCCCUUUUGCUGGCUAAGUCUCUCUCCCUGUUUCCUUUUUUGCUGGCUAAGUCUCUCUCCCUGUUUCCCUUUUGCUGGCUAAGUCUCUCUCCCUUCUCUCUCCCUGUUUCCCUUUUGCUGGCUAAGUCUCUCUCCCUGUUUCCCUUUUGCUGGCUAAGUCUCUCUUUUCCUUUGUCUGUUUCUCUCCCCCUUUCUCUUCGUUUGAACUUAGCUCGCCGAUUCCACUUCAUACACUCUACACUGUUACUACUGCAGAAAUUCAAUCCUUACUGA